AUGCAGACCGCGCCCCGGGCGGCCGCGGAGAGGAGCCCGCUCGGCCCCCGGGGGCACCGCGGGGGGCACCGCGGCGGGCACCGGGACGGCGAGGGCUUCGUGGGCGGCGGCGGCGGCGGCGGCGGCGGCGGCGAGCCCUCACUGCCCCCCGCGAGGCUGCCGAUCCCCCGUCCUCCUCGCUCGCGGCCGGUGCUUCCUGCCGAGGGCGAGGGCCAGGGGACACCACCGGGACUGGGCCCCAUCCCGCUCUCCGGACAUUUGGGCGGAGGAGCCGCGUCCGCCCCUCCGAUUGGUCAAGGAGCCAGCGCGGCCCCGCCCCCUCGGCCUCCGGGUGGCGCUGUCACUCCGCGGGCGGGGCGUCGAGCGCGCUAUUGUCAUGGCGACGGGAUGCGGGCGACGGCGGCGCGAGGCGCGGAGCCCGGCGAGCAUCCUCCGCGGGCCAGCGCCCCCGCCCUCCUUUCCUCCGACCGGCCGGCGGGAUGGAAGCCCCCCGCGACGGCCCGCCAGGGCGAGAUUCUGCAAUCCAUGAUGGCUCUUCUCGGCCAGUUACCGGAGGGGAUCGAGGAUAAAAUGAUUCCAAAGAUGGAGGUUGGACAGCUGCUUAGUGGGCAGCUUUCUCUCUCUGGACUACUGCGGUGUGGAAGGCCAGAGCUGUUUCCUAAUAUCUAAGGAUAUCUGUGUUCAUGGAUUGUUUUCUUUUCAAGAACCUGAUUUGGGAGAAAAGAACCACUGAAAUUUUUUGGUAUUGUCAUAAGAAUCGGUUCAGUUUGUGUCAGUACGGAAAACCUCUGUCUCAUUAUGCUGUGUUGCCAUGGUGAAUAUGCAUGUUAAAUUAAAAACAGAAUAAAACUCUUUCAUAA